UUCGGAUUCGCGCAACUCGCCGAUUCCAUCGCGAAUCUAUCGCGAAACACGGUACCGCGGACCCAUUCUCCAUCACUUUCAUCACGACGAUAAUCGCAUCAAAUCUUGCGAUCAAACCGAGACUUCGCACCGCCUAUCUACCAUCCCCGCUGCCUUUGAAUCCAAUCCAUUCGUUGUGCGCGCGCGCCAUUAGUCGGUCACAAUGGGACUCCCACUCUUCAUCGCUCCCGUCGAGUCAGAUGUUCCCGCUCAAAUCGGCGACAAGUCUGCAGCUGCUCGGCAGCCUCGCUCUACCAUUCGCCGCUCCCGCCGCAGCGUUGACGCCCGCCCCUUCCGCCGUCGCGCUGCUCUACUCCGCGAUAACUACCCCACUCCCGGCCCCGAACCUAUCCCGCGCGCCCGGUAUCCAUGGAUCGAAUCUGGCCAUCCUCCGCCUCCCGAGGCGUACGUUGCACCCCCCUCGCGUUCGACUCCUCCAGUGCCCGAACGCCGUAAUCCCGCUGCUGAAAUCAUCGAACGUGUGAACGAAGCACGCAAUCGUCGACCUGACAACAAUGAGCCCAGCGAAGCUCGCCUGAUUUCCAUGUAUGGUGAUGAAUGGGUAUUGAACCGCAUGCCCAGGCUCUCCAGCGGGGUUACCGUCACACCCCCGACCGGGGAAGAGGACGCCAACUGGCAGGAACCCGACCAGGCUCAGCUUGAGGGCUCAUCAUCAUACGCCGACUACAGAGAGCGACGGAGAUUUCGUCGGGCACAGCUCGAUCGCAUGUCAAUGCCCGCCCCGCCAGUUGCAGCACGCUUUGACCGCAGUCCCGAGCAUGCAACUUCCGCCAGGUUUGCAGGACGUAUGCGUAGACCCGACUUGGAAUCGCAACCGGAUCGCGCAUCGUCCCGGCGCGUACGCCGGAUUCGUCCGUUUGGCCACUUGAUCGAGGCCUCUCUCGCAGACGGCCUUGGCGACCGUAAUAGAAGCAUCAGCCCUGAUGAGGAUGGCGUCUGGGAUACACUGUUGACCACGUUGACGCCCGACCCGCAGCCUCCCAGUGCUGGCUCGUCCUUCGCUUCGGCUUCGGCUUCCGCCUCUGCCUCUGCAUCGCAAUCACAGAGCGCUGGCGCAUCCUCUCGCACGUCUGUAGACAGACCCGAAAGGGCUGAGGAGUCUACCGAGCAACCUUGCGAAUCCGGGCUUGACAACUCGGAUAGUGAGGGCCACGAAGACUUGCACAUGGGAAGGGGCUGGCCUGAUCACUGGUCGAUGAACUACCCGUCCAGACACCGGCGAUUCGUCUCCGACCUGGACGCGAAUGAUCCGAGCAGAAUAUCCUACGUUCGUGGGGACAGGGUUCCGGGAGCUAUGAGGGCCAUGAGUAGCCGCGACAUCGAAGAGAUGCGAAGUCGUCGGCGACUGGAGCUCGCUCGGCACUACAGGAUCGCGACUCGAGAUCCCACUCCGCUACCAGAGCUGCUCGACCACAUUGUCAGAGAUUCGAGCGAGGAAUCACGCGAUGCAGGCGGCCAGGGGGAUGGCGACGGUGACGCAGCCCCCCCGAGCCGCACCGAGUCGUCCAACGACAACGCACUGGAGGGUAUGCAGGAGAUUGUACGGCAUCUCGCACGGCGACAAGACAUUCCCGAUGAGUGGUGGGCAGGUGCUGGGCUUUCCCGGACUCUGCCAGAUGAAUCUUGAACCGCGCACGAUUCGCCGGGCUACGAUUUUCUACGUUUAAUAAGAAAAAGCGAAAAAGCCUGGGAAGUAAAAGAAGCUUCCCAAGGCAUGAUGUUUGGAGUAUAACGGCUAUAGGACCUGCCAUUGGGAGGCAGUCAGGGUUCAUUUU